GGGCGGGGUGCUCGCCGCCCAGGUCCUGGCAGCUUACAAAAAAAAUUUAGAAAUUAGUUUUCAUAUACUAAUAUGACACCUCUCCCUAUUGUUUACGAGUAAUUUAAGGGGAAAUGACCAUCCUGGUAAGACUUCAGGGUGCGAGGACGUGGGCCGGCCGACGGACGGGAGAGUGAGGCGCACCGCUGCCAGGACCUGAGAGGGGUGGAGUACAUCGCUGCCAGGACCCGGGAGGGGACGCGCGCACCGCUGCCUGGACCUUCCCUGGAAGAGCGUUGCUGCCGGGACUCCGAAGGAGGAGCGCGGACCCCUGCCAGGACUUUGUAACGGGAGCACGGCUGCCAGGAUCCCAAGGAGUGAAGCACACCUCUGCCAGGACCCUGCGUGGAGCGCACCGCUGCCAGGACCCUGCGUGGGGCGCCCCGCCGUCCCCGCCCCGCGCGUCCCAGUCGCCAUCCUGGUCCACGUCCUAGGCUCUCCGGCUGUGUUCUCCAUCCCCGUCCCCGGUCUCCGCCGCGUCUCGGGCCGGCCUCGCCCGCACUCCCUGGUCACCGUCCCUCCGCCCGCGCCCUUCCCGAGGGCCUCCGCCGCCGCCGCCCUGGCGCUGCCCGCCGAGGCCGCCUGCGCCCUGUGCCAGCGCGCGCCGCGAGAGCCGGUGCGCGCCGAUUGCGGCCACCGCUUCUGCCGGGCGUGCGUGGUGCGCUUCUGGGCCGAGGAGGACGGGCCCUUCCCGUGCCCCGAGUGCGCCGACGACUGCUGGCAGCGCGCCGUGGAGCCCGGCCGCCCGCCGCUCAGCCGCCGGCUGCUGGCGCUCGAGGAGGCGGCCGCUGCGCCCGCGCGCGACGGCCCGGCCUCCGAAGCGGCGCUGCAGCUGCUGUGCCGUGCCGACGGGGGCCCGCUGUGCGCCGCCUGCCGCAUGGCCGCGGGGCCCGAGCCGCCAGAGUGGGAGCCGCGCUGGAGGAAGGCGCUGCGCGGCAAGGAGAACAAGGGUUCUGUGGAGAUCAUGCGGAAAGACCUGAAUGACGCCCGGGACCUGCACGGCCAGGCUGAGUCUGCUGCUGCCGUUUGGAAGGGACACGUGAUGGACCGCAGGAAGAAGGCCCUGACCGACUACAAGAAGCUUCGGGUCUUCUUUGCCGAGGAGGAGGAGCGUUUCCUGCAGGAGGCGGAUAAAGAGGAGGGGUCCGCAGAGGACGAGGACACAGACCCGGCCGAGCGCUUUGGGUCACUGCUGCAGGCUGUCUCGGAGCUGGAGAGGAGGCACCGCAACCUGGGGCUCAGCAUGCUGCUUCAGUGAUGUCCUGCCCUCUGCUGGCUCCAGACGGUAACAGCUCCAUCCACCCUGGCCUGUUGCCCAGCAGUUCCUCCAUCACCUCCUCCUGGACCCGCAAUGACCUUCACCCAUGAGGGUCUGCACCGAGGUGCACACGCAGGACGCAUACCACGGGUGGCCACCUUGGGUGGGCCAAGACUGCCCCUAGCAGUGUCCCUGUUCCCUUUCCCUGUGGGUAUUCGUGGUCCCCAGGCUGUAACCGUUUUACCGUAGAGACCUGUAGCUACUGGUGGGUACUGUUGACCCCAAUGUAUCACGACUCUUCAUAAAAUUCUCGUCACUGUCA